AUGAAAAGAUGUCUAUCUUUAUUGGAAAAAAGGAUACCACAAGGUUGGAAACAAUUACAGCCGAGCAAACAUGACAACAUAGUAGUGGCUAUGUCAUCAGGGGUUGAUUCGUCUAUUGCAGCUGCAAUAUAUAGUUCUUUUCCUAAUGUGAGGGGUGUCUAUAUGAGGAAUUGGAGCAAUAAACAGAAUGAUACGAAAAAUUGUGAUGAAAAGGAUUGGAACGAUGCUAAAAAAGUAGCUAAAUACUUGAAUAUUCCCAUCGAAAUGGUCAAUUUUGAGAAGGAAUAUUGGCUUGAUGUGUUUGAACCGAUGUUGAACAAUUACGAGCUAGGACUAACCCCGAAUCCAGACAUUUUGUGUAAUAGAUACAUUAAAUUUGGUACUUUAAAACAGAAAUUAGAUGAAAUGUAUGGAGUCGAUAAUUAUUGGUUGGUAACGGGCCAUUAUUCGAGAAUAUUGCAAGAAUGUAGGACUGGACAGUUUGAACUUUUAAGAGGUAUAGAUUCAAGUAAAGACCAAAGCUAUUACCUGUCUCAAGUGAAGCCUGAUAUAAUGGACCGAACAAUUCUACCUAUUGGGAAUUUUUAUAAAAGAGAGAUUCGUCAGUUAGCCAAAGAAUUACAGUUGCCAACAGCAGACAAGCCUGAUUCGCAAGGAAUUUGUUUUGUCAAUAAUUCGCAACGGGGGAAAUUCAAGACGUUUUUAAAAGAGUAUUUGCCUAGCAAGCCUGGACACAUCAUUACUAUAGAUCCACAGUCUGGACACAAGAAAGUAUGGGGGGAACAUGGUGGAUUAUGGUCGUACACUAUAGGUCAAAAAGUGGGGAUACCUAUGCCGCAAGGAGACCCUGAAUAUCGUGGAACAUGGUUUGUCUCUGAUAAAUUAAGGGAUACAAAUGAAAUAAUGAUAGUGCGUGGAAGAGAUAAUCCCAAAUUGUUUAGAGAUCAUGUUAAGAUUAUUGAUAUGAAAUGGUUAUUUCCAGAAGAGGAUUUGAUGAACAUUGAGAAAACAUUACAAGAGGGAAUACAAAGAGGUGAUUUAUUUUUACAAUAUCGGUCGUUGCAGGAGCCAAUAUUAGUAGAUAAAUAUGAAUUAUGGAAAUCUGACCAGGCCACAAAUGACAAGAAUCAAUAUAUAAACCAAAGGAAGAAUCAAAGGAAGAAUCUUGAAUUCAUUCUGACAUUAAGUUGCCCCCAGAGGGCAAUGGCUCCAGGUCAGUAUGGAUGUCUCUAUUUAAAAAACCGUGUCAUUGGUAGUGGUACAAUAAUCCUAUAG